GUUCUAGUGUUCAGUUUUGUGAUGAUCCCUAACUCUAGGAUGUGCGGUUCGGGGAAGUUUAGUACUUUUUCCUAAUAUGCUUCGUCGUGGCUGAAAUGAAAUAGGGUUUUAUUUGUAAAUUAUGGGUUGACAAUGCGGUGGUUCACUAAACCUUCAGAGAGAGUCCUGAAUAUCGCAGACACGGUAUUGCACGAACCAUUUAUUGAACUCGACUGUUUCAGUUUCGACGAAAUUGGUGGUGAGGGGACUCUUAGCCGGUGAAAGCCUUCAGGUGUUGAUUUCAUACUGAAAGUAAGGCGGGGGAAGAGGCACCUGGGGCUUGACAGAAUGGGCGGACAGAUGACUUGCGAUGCUUAGCCGGUUCCCCUCGUUCUGGUCUCGGCUUGGGUCGAACCGGUCCGGGUUUCCAGCCGGCACCGCCGGGUUGCUCGGUGCCGUACUGGUUACUUGGCUCAGCGGAGCGUACGACACUCUGUACCUCGACUCGGAAAAAGUGUUACCUGGAUUGCAAGUUCACCGCCUGUGGACCUACGCCUUCUGCCACCAGGACCCUGCGGCCCUGCUCCUCAGCAGCGCCGCCCUGCUGGCGCUGGGGCCGGCGCAGGAGCGGCGCUGGGGCAGCGCGUGCUUCCUGGCCCUGUCCCUGCUCUCCUGCUGCCUGCCGGCCCUGCUGUACUGUGUCCUGGCGCGGCUGGGGGCCGGCGGGGCGGGGCAGGUGGGCGGCUACUCGCCGGUCCACUUCGCCAUGCUGGCUGCCCAGUGCCACCUGGGCCAGCAGGGACGGGCCCGGCGCUGGCUCCCGGCCUGGGCCCUGCCCUGGGCUCUCCUGGCCGGCAGCUGCUUGCUGGUGCCGGCCUCCCUCGCCCUGCUCCACCUGUGCGCGGUCUGCGUGGGAUUCAGUUAUAGCUCUGCCUUUCUCAAGUGGCUGCAGAAAGGAGAAGACCAUCUCUGUCGUCUUCUCCCACGCAGGGCCUUUGUGCUUUCCUCUUAUAGAGACAGUCUUCCCGUGAGCAGCACGGGUCAAAGACCUGAUCCGUGGGCAGAGCCGUCCUCUGCCAGGCAGCUGGAGCCCUUGCAGAGGUCCCAGUGGGAGGAGUAUGACACGCGGCCUGAGCCCUGGAAAUCCCAGGAGCCUGACUGGGCAGCAGGAGGGGUGCCGGCUGUCUCCGAGGUCCAGCUCUUGGAAGAGCAGCUGCUGAGAGCAGGGAUCCUGGCCUCUCUGCAGGACGCUCCUGAGGGAUCCGUCGAGAAACUGGAGCUGCCCAAAUCUUCAGUGUCAUCUCUGCGGUUGCAGCAGCUGGAGAGAAUGGGCUUCCCCACAGAGAAAGCUGUGGUGGCUCUGGCAGCCUCCGGGAAGCUAGAUGGCGCUAUUUCCCUCCUGAUCGACGACGGGGUGGGAGAGGAAGCCGUGGUCACUUCCAAAGGGAGGACGCCUUCGGCACAGUGGACUGGCUGACCUCUCGGAGUCGGGAGCCCCCUCCGAUCUUGGCCACCUGUACACCCCUUUCAGGUGACUUUUAUUGUGGUCGUGAAGAUUAAAGGUCAACAUUGGACUGAGCUCUGCUCUAAGAUAGCAGUGUGAUUCACCCUGGAUUUGUGCCGAUUUCAAACCUGGUUUGCAGAGUUAAAUGCAUUUUUAUGUUGAAGUGAAUUUCGGCAUACAGAUCCAUUGUUUUGCAAGUGAUUCCUGUACCUUCUCAUGUACUGCACAGAAUAAAUUAAUACUAAAUUAAUGUUA